UGCACUGAACGCGACAUAACUUAAACUUCAAUCAGGACGGCUCAAACAACUUAGACGUCAAAGUCGUCAAAGUUUUCGUAUAAAGUUUCGUGGAAUAAAAAAUAAUAAUUUAUUUUCGCAAGUAAAAAUAGUAGUAAGAAGUACAAAAACUUUAUUUUUACUACAUAUGCGUUAUUUGUAAUAUUUAAAUGCGAAUUUCAUUCAUAAAUUUGCUGUAAAGUGCUCAAGAAUUGGAUUGGCCCCGAAACUAGGUGCGAGCAAUCACAAUGCCGCGCAAAUUACUCAAGUUCCUCAUAGUGUUUGAUAACACGUCAUUGUUAUAUUUUCCUGGGCAAUUCUUGUCUGGGAAAGUUUUGAUGGAAUUACAAGAUGACACACCUGUGUUAGGUCUGCACUUUCAUGUGAUUGGGGAGGGUGUGGUGCGAGUUGGCUCAGGAAGGCAUGAGAGACUGUUUGACAAAGAGAACUACAUAGACUUCAGGAUGAGACUGCUGGGAGAACCAGGUCACGGCACAUCGAUCCUGUCGCCCGGCAUCCACAGCUUCCCAUUCAAACUGGGGUUGCCAAUGGGGUUGCCCUCCACAUUCCUCGGCACUCACGGCUGGGUCCAGUACUACUGUAAGGCAGCACUGAGAGAACCCAACGGACUGACCCACAAGAACCAACAGGUCUUCAUAGUAAUGAACCCGAUCGACCUGAACUUGGAACCACCAGUUUUGGCUCAACAGUUCGAGUGCAGCGUGGAGCACCGGCUGGGCGUGGGCUGCGUGGGCGGCGGCGCCGUGGCCUGCGGCGUGGCGCUGGACCGCGGCGCCUACGUGCCCGGCGAGAGCAUCGUGCUCUGUGCCACGCUCACCAACAACUCGCGGACCACCAUCAAAGCCACGCGGGCGGCGCUCACUGAGACGAUCCAGUAUUCGGCCCACGGCAAGGUUGCAGCGAAGGAGGUCCGUGAGCUAGCAGUCCUGUCGCACGGCAAGACGCGCGCGGGCCACACGGACACGUGGCGCGGCGAGCUGCUGUACGUGCCGCCGCUGCCGCCCACCAACCUGCGCGGCUGCCAUCUCAUCUCCGUGCACUACGACGUCUUUUUUAUAAUCGAGCCAAAGAGUUUAGAGAAGGAGGUGAAGCUGCAGCUGCCGAUCCUAAUAGGAACCUAUCCAUUCCGGGAGGAGGGCGAGGAGCCGUCCCCGCCCACCCACUACCCCAGUACACUGCCCAUCUUCCGCGCCUGGCUACACGACAAGCCCGCACACUGACACAAGCACACACACACGCAUGUACUUAUGUUAACACCACAUAACGCUUCACAAACGGACUGUCAACACGCACACACAUAUAGCAAGAGUAUGUAUAGUCAUUGACAAAUAAAUUAUGUAUGCAAACAUUGCAAACGAAAAACGACUUCCACUUUCAAAGCAAGGUUUUACCAAUGUUUGCCUGAUACCGUUUUCAGUGAUACAUCCUUAUUCGUAUAAGAACACGGUUCAGAAUAAAAUGAACUAUGUUUUGACACUCCGUUUGUACUUUUGAAAAUACAGGUUAAUAUAUCGCGCUAUUCAGCAAAGUUGAAAAACUAUUAUUAUUAUUGAGAAACUCAAUUAUACUCAUGGCACAGAGGUUCUUAAUAAGUAAAAUAUAUUGUAUAGGCAUUAACUAAGAAGUUUUUUGUAGCUAUUGCGAUAUGUACCUCCCACACAAACACACAACACACUGCAUUUUUAUAAUUAAGACUCGUAGUGCCAAUUACUUCGGGACUGAAUCAUGGAGUUUGUGAGUACAUACUUGACUUAAGGUAACUAGCCAGCCUUAGAUAAACAUUUCUUACCGUAUUCACUGACUGAGCACCUCAAUAAAAGACGGUAAAAGCAUUAUAGAAUAAGACCAGAAUAUACGAAUUUAGAAAAUGGUCACUUUGACAUAAGAACGAGAAUUACUCAGUACUAAGAAUUUUACGUGCUAAACAACGAACAUUUCGGCACAGUGAAUUACUACAUACUAACUGUAUAAGUAUCUAAGGCAGCUUAUUAUAAUACGUGUAUUGUAAGAAAAGUUAUUGCAUUCGCUAGAUUUGUAUAGACAUAUCAGUAAGCAAAUACAGAAAGAAUGAUAAUACAUUUAAAAAUUGUACUUAAAGUUUAUAUGAACGGCUUUUGUCGUUUACGAAAAAGUCGACGCUUAGCGAUAUCAUACGAAUUACAUUUUUUUUUAUUGGAAAGACUGUAGUACAAUGUGGGUAUUGGCAGAAGUAAUUAAUAUUAAUACGGAGACAAGCAAAAUAACAAAAAAAUAUACACUGCCGUAAAUUUAGAAAUAAUAUUUUUUUAUUAACUGAUACUAAAUAUAAAUCAGUCAGUAAUCUUAUAACUGAGGUAUUAAAUUAAUAUUUAAACUUAUAUUACAACCGCCGAAAGGUAUAAUAAGCGUAUUAUCCCGAAUGCCGAGAGAAUUGUUUUUUAAUGUUGUAUUCUUGUAAGGAGUUUCGGAGAAAGGAAUCUCAAGUUGUAUGACUUGCACAAUUUAACUCAGAAUUCAGUUGGACUACUAUAAUUAGUGCCAUUUUAUCUUCAUAAUAAUUGUUAAAAUUGAAUCUGAUGUGUAGUUUAAUUCCUAUUGUCUAGACGUUUGGUAACAAUGUAUAUGUACUAAUGGAAAUGUAUAUAACUAACCUGUGAUAUACCGAUCCGUCCAUUUAAUGUAAUUUUAUACUUAUUAUAUUUUUAUAAAUAUUUACCUAUUACUA